ACCCUCCGAUCUUCAUUUUCUCCCGUUCUGCUCUCUCUCUCUUAUCUCUCUCUCGUGGCCUUCCUUUCCUGGCGCCUGGCGGCGCCGAUUGGCCGAGCAGUAACCCAGCAACGCCCUUCAACACGUCUUCGCCUCAGCUCUUCGCCGGCGACAAGCGCCCACCUGAGGUACAGAACCUUCAAUUUUUGGAAUUUGGGAUGGACAGGGGCGGAGCUAGAGGAAAGUGAAGGGGGGUGCGGCACCUUCAUAGGAUAGAGUCGUCAGGCCUCUUUUACAUACAUACUGUAUUUCCUGAUGAGACAAAGUUAACCAGUUAUCGUGGAAUCGAAUGAGGAAAAAUAUAGCACAACUCCAAUCAGAUUGUCUACGAUAGUUUUUGUUGGAAGGACAAAACCUGAAGCUUUCACCUUUCAGCAGUAUGGCAUUCCCUUCAUCAAGCAUCAUAGCUGCAUCCUCCACAGUUUACCCUGCCUACCUUAGCCUGCACCACCGCCCCAACAGCCAGCGUGCUUCUUCUCGUCCGUCUAAUGCAAACCAUGACAAUACCUAUAAAUGCAUCAAGUCACCCAAAAUUGUUAGACGGUCUCUUUUCUCUCUACCUGCCUCCUUUCUUCUCCUCCACACUUCCUCCUCCCUUGCCAUAGAUGACACAAACACGACAUCCACCUCAGCAAUUGACACCACGAUCACAGACCGCAUCUUCAUGGACUUCAGUGUCUGUCCAAGCUACUUUCGCUCUGACAGACCUUUAGGAGCUGAGCUCUCCUCAUGCCCUGAUUCUGAGCCACUUGGUCGUGUUGUCUUUGGUCUCUAUGGUCGGCUUCUCCCUACUACUACUGCCAAUUUCAAAGCUACAUGUACUGCAGCUGCAUAUAGGGGCACUCUUGUCCACAAGCUCCUUCAAGGACAGUUUUUUGCUGCUGGCCGACAAGGUUCUCGGCGAGAGAAGGGUGAGGUCCAGCCACCCUCCGGCCUCAUUAGGAAUUCUGAGACUGUGGAUGCUAGAGCAUUCAAACUAAGGCAUGCAAGACCUGGCACACUUUCCUUGUGCCUUGGACAGAAUGAUGAUGACAACGACAUCAAGCUCAACCCCAACUAUCACAAUGUUGAAUUCUUGGUUACUACAGGGCCAGGACCCUGCCCACAGCUUGAUGGACAGAACAUUGUCUUUGGAACUGUACUGGAAGGAAUGGAUGUUAUCACCAGUAUUGCAGCCAUACCUACCUACAAACCAGCUGAAAGGAUCCGCUUGUUCAAUGACUUUGCGCAGCUGAUUGGCGAUGAAAGAGCUCAAACUGCUCGGGCUAUGUGGGAUCGCCCACUCAAGACCGUAUAUAUCAGCGACUGUGGGGAGCUGAGAGUGACCAAACAAUCUCUUUCCCCUCCAAGCUUGCCAUGACGUUAUGACUUAGAAUCAUUUGUGGGUCACUUUAUUACUAUGAUGCUCUCCCUAUGUAAGCUGUACGAUCCAUGGAUUAAUUUUUAAUUCAAGUUACAUCGGAUGUUGGAUACCAA